AUGGCUACAAUAUUCUGCGUCGGGAUCCAUUACGGGCCUUGCAAUUCCUUCUUUACUGUAUCCCAUAAACCAGAGAAGUUAAUCGGUUUGAGAGAUCGGCUGCAGACGAUCGGAUUCCGAGUUCAUCUCAUUCCUGUGAAGUUUGAAAAUUACUGUAUGCUUGAGAUGGCGGGGCAUGAGGUUUUCCGUUGCAACAUCAAGAAUCUGAAGUUCAACACUCCUUACUACCAGGACCCCGUCUGCCAGCGGGCAGUCCAAGCCGUGGUGGAAGCCACCACCAAGUUACUCAGGGCCCGCACCCAUCUGUGGUUCCUAACGCUACUCCAGAACAGGUUCUUCGGCCUCAGUGAAUACCAGCUGAAAGAUCAUUGGCCCCAGAAAUAUGAACUCGAAUCGUGCGCCCCGAUCAGCACGUGUAUCGAUUGUUGUGAUAUUUGUUCCACGAAGAAUAAAUAAAUAAAUAAAUAUAUACGGGACAAAUUACACUGAUUGAGUUAGUCUCGAAGUAAGUUCGAAACUUGUGUUA